AUGCAGCUCAUCACCUUCCAGGAUCGGACGAUUGGCAAAGCCAAGCACCUACUUUGGGCGUCGCUUUCGCUUUUGCUGUUGUUUCGCCAUGAGGCGCUCCAUGGCUACCAAGAAGCGCAGCUGCUGUCGGCGGGCCUGCGCUACAUUCCCUCCUCGCCUGCCUUUGGACUGGCCGCCCUGCAGCGCGAGCUGGCAGCUGUGGCCGACCCUCAACAGCCUGCAGGCCGAUCUCUGGCGCACCGCGCGCUGAGCCUGCUAGGCCGGCGUGCCUGCCCUGCCCCGGCCCGCUGCGGCAGUGCAAUGCUCGUGGCCAGCGGCUGGGCGGCGGAGGAGCCCGGCCAAGCCCUCCUUGGUGACCUCGGAGGCCGCUUCGCUAUGCCCUGUUCUGCGGACGCCAGCUCGCAAAAGCCCGAGCUCGAUGCUAUCAAUGUCAGCCUCGUGCUCAAAGCAGAGUUGUGCUCCGGCCUGGUGCUGUUGGAUGCUGUGGGGAGCGACCCACCGGAACGAGCCUGA